CCCGAACUGUCACUGGACACGAGACACGAGAAUCUAUAUGAUAUAUUUUUUACUUUCCGAUUUGAAAUGGUGUAUCAAAAGAUAUCUCUAACCAAGGGCAGUGCCAGCAAGCGUUCUCAGCUGAACCAGCAGCAGCAGCAGCACAACAAUCUGAAUGCCUCGAUGCUGGCCCAGCGCGAGGGCACGCCAAUGGGCGAGCUGACGCCCUACGAAGAGAUCCUGUAUCUGCGCCGCCAGCUGGCCAAGCUGAAUCGACGGGUGCUCAACAUUGAGAUCAACAACAUGCAGCGGGAGAAGAUCGUCUAUUGCCUGGGCCUGGCCUACUUUGUGCUGAAGACAAUAUUCUGGCUGAAUCGCAAUUAGAGGGACAAGGCGGGGGCAGGGCUGCUCUCAAUGCCGCUCUCCGUAUGGUGCUUCGGACCACAAGGAAAAUGUGGAAAAUGGCACAGACUCACCCACUGGACACCCCUUGGAACAGCUUCUUUCGUUCAUACCCUAUUUGUUUCACUUUUUGUGGAUUGGCUCUGAGAGAGACUUUGUUUUUUUGUUCGCCAUAAUUCGUAGUUUAAGCUCUAAAAUAAAAUAAGCGCAACACCUUCUCUGUUUGUCCACCGUGGAAAACUGAAAAAAAAAACAAAGGACUCCUUAACUUAAUUACCAAUAUCUGGAAAGGAGAGUGCCUGCCCAAUCAAUAUACACCAUAAUAAAUUUAAGCUUUUAUCUGCGUAUGUUUCACCAAACCCAACCCAGCAGUGCAUCAUCAUCCAUUGCACUGAGUUGAUAGAUAUUGUUUGUAGGGUUGUGUUUUAGAUUUGUUAACCAUUGAUAAUCCCAAAGUGAAGACAAGUUCUCUAAAGGUAUUUGGGGUGCUAACCCAUUAGAUAUAUAUAGAUAAAUAUAUAGAACUAAAUCCCAACUGAAACGGAGCAAAUCCAUUGAAUUCGUAUUGAUAUUUAAAAUAAACAAGAGGUUAAUACAAAUGGAUUGCUCACUUUUCGUCUAGUUAAUUUUAUGGGGGGGAAGAAGCGGAUGUGGAAGACCCAGCCAGGCCAGGCCAGGCCAGCCAAAAAAGAAACAGUCGAGGGGCACGAACCCAUAUUUAACGCAUUUAAAAAAUGUAUUUCUUGAUUUAUUUUGUUGGUUUCGUUUCUCAUUAAAUUAUAUGUAUAAUUAUCAAUUAAAUCUACCGAUUAAAUGCAAUUACAUCUGCUUUCUCCACAAACUCAUCCUCUACCCUCUGCUUCUUCGACUACACAUCUUUUUACAUAACAAGACGUUUAAACAUUAUUAAAGUUUAAUGCAAAAUGACGAAAAGACCUGAGCGAUAUUUCGUUUGUUUCAUUUGCGGCGUGUUCUUUGUGUGUGUAGUGUGGAUCUCUAAUCUUAACUCUCUGGAGCCCUGCAUCUAAUCGAAAACAUCCACCGGGGGAACACUUGUA